UUUCUUUCUCUGUUUCACUUUCUCAUUUCUUUCUCUUUCUACUUUCUCUUCCCUCUUCUGUUUUCAUAUCAAUGUCUUCUUUCUCUUUAGCUUUUGAUUUAUGAACUCAUGUGUUUAUUUCAGAUCUUGCAUAAGCACAGCUCGAAUGCAAAGAAAAUGUUCAAGAUCUCUUAUGGUGUGUGCAAUAAAAGGUGCAGAUGAACUAAUCGAAGAACAACUAUAUCUUUAAAUCGAAAGCUAUUCAUAAAUCUUUUUCAGAUUCGAGUAUUUUGGGGUAUGAGUUGUUUAAAUAGAUUCUUUCUUGCAAAUCCUUUCACUUUUUGUAUUUUCUACCACCUAUGUUGUGUAAAAUUACUAUGAAGGUUGAAGGAUGUAAAGGUUAGAGCUCGAAUUUGUCUCACAUGUUUCAGAUCUACAAGGUUAGAGUUUGAAUGUGUCGUACAUGUUUCAGAUCUAUAAGGUUAGAGUUUCAAUUUGUUGUGCAUGUUUUAGUUUGACGGGUUUAGAUCUCGAAUCCGCCUUGUAUGUUUCAGAUCUAUAAGGUAAGAGUUUUUUUUUGGUUGAUUUCGUUAAUAUAUUUUUUUCUUUAUAAUUUUUUAUUUAACUUUUAUUUACAUUUUUAUUGUUUUUUAUCUAUGUUUUAUUCAAGAUUUUAUACAUUUUAUUUUGUAUUUUUUUUAGGUUCUCUAAUCUUUCACAUCUUCAUGCUCUAAAUGGAAGGUUUAUAAUUUGUUUUUAUUUUUAUUUUUCUUCUUCCUUACUUUUUUGUUUCUAACAUUUUAUCUUAUAUUUUUUCUUUUUUAUUUCAUAUUUCAGUUGUUGCUUUAGAGAUCGUUUAUGUUUAACAUGAUUAAAGCUGAUAUAUUUGAUGAGUUUAUUUGUAAAUAUUUGAUUUUAAAUAAUUUUAUUUAGCUUAAAGCAAAUUUUAAAUAUAAUUAGAAUCAAAUUAAUGUUAUUCUAAUGUGUCAUUAAUAUAUCUCAUUUAACUCUCUUUAAUUUCUAUUUAUUUCAUAAUUUAUUCUAAUUUUUAUUUAUUUAUAAUUUUUAGAUUGGUGAAAUUAUCAAAGGGAGACCAUUAUUACUUAAAUUGAUUCUAAUCAGUAUUUAAUUUUUCUAAAAGUGAAAUAAGUUAGAAAAAAAUGGAUAUAAAUCUUUCUAAAUGUAAGCUACAAAUGUUAUAAAUUUUUUUUAUAAUGAUAGAUAGAUUUAUAUAUAAUUUUGUUGAAAAUAAAAAAUGUUAUAAAUAUAGAUAAUUAAUGUCUUGGUUGUAUCAAAGAAAAUCUAUAGAAUAGACUAUAUAAUAGGUCUUAGUAUAUACUUAAACAUGUUUAUAAGAAUAUAUGUCAUUAAGACAAAUAGGUUUUUCUUAUAUCAAUGUCUUUUAAAAACCUUAUAUAUUAGUCGUUAAAAUUAUUAAAACAAUGAUUGUAAAUACGAUAAUAGUUUAUGUCAAAUUGAUUACGAUGUUACGAACGAAAAAUAUUUUAUCGAUCUUACGACGAAAAAUAACUAAAACAGGAAAAUAUUAAAUGUCAUUAAUUGAAUCAAUUACUUCAAUAUAUCCUUAUAUUUUAAAAUAUAAAUAAAAUUAAAUAAUUAAAUAAAUCUUAAUUAAAUGUAGUCUUUUAGUGUUAGCACUCAUUUGUAAUGGAAUUUAUUACUAUGCAUUAAUUUGGCUUCUAAUUUUUUUCUGUACAACUAGCUAAGUUCUCACAAUGAAAAUUAAUGUAGUUUUUUAGUGUUAGCACUCAUUUGUAAUGAAAUUUAUUACUACGCAUUAAUUUCUCUUCUAUUUUUUUUUUUAAAUUAGGACAAUUUGAAUUUGAAUGUAAAGAAAAUUUGAAUUUUCUUAGGUAAUAAAUAUUAUUUAUAAUAUAUAUAAAUAUUUUGAUUUUUAUAACUAUUCUAUCUAUUGUUUAUGAAAAGCAUAAAUUUUAUCUACAAUAUAAAGGCUAGAGGAUAAAAUAAAUAUAUAAAUAUAUGAUUUUAUUUAUCAUAUCAAGAUAACAUAUAUAAAAAUAAUUUUGAAAAUAACUAAAAAGAGAAAAUAUUAAAUACCAUUUACUUAAAUAUGUUAUACCAAAGGAUUAUCCCCAUAACUAAAAUAGUUAUUUUAAUAAAUUUAUUAUUUUUAUUAAAUGAGUAGAUAAAAUGAUCUGAUUUUCUCUAGGAUUAAAAGCAAUACUCUAUGAUGAAUUAUGAUAGUAAUGAUAGUUAGAUAGCAAUACUCUAUGAUGAAUUAUGAUAGUAAUGAUAGUUAGAUACCAACCUGUAUAAUAAGUAUACAUAAAAAUUAAUUAUUAAUGUUUGUAUAAUUGAUGUGUAUAUAUAAAAAAUGCACAGUUCAUAGAUAUUUAAACGUCUUUAUAAAAAUAUAUGUCAUUUUAGUUAAAUUUUUAAGUUUUUUAUUUAUAAAAUGAUCUUAUUGAUCUAAAUGUUUUUACGGGUACUAAACAUUUUUCUAUACAUUCAAUUAUUAUUUUUCACGGGUACCGGAUAUUUUUCUAUAUAUUCAAUUAUUAUUUUUUCACGGGUACCAGACAUUUUUCUAUAUAUUUAAUUAUUAUUUUCUCACGGGUACCAGAAAUUUUUCUAUUAAAAAAUAUAUAUCUGAAAUAAAUGCGCAUCCCGUAUCAGAACCCGUGCGAACACACGGGUUUGUUACUAGUAAAAAAACAAAAGAGUUUCCUUUCUCACGGGAAUCACGUGCUUGGUUCUCUUGAGAAAACACAGUCAUAUAAACAGAGACGAUGAGAUGUCAUUGAACUCCCAAUCAUUUUAGAAUGGCUACCCUCAAACCACCACCUGUCUUUGUUCUCUCUCCGUCAAAGCCAAUAAAUUCACCCCACAAAUCACUCCGCAGUAGAAUCUUCAACAACCUCAAUUCAUGUCCCAAACUCAUUUUACAAGAAAGUACUACAACCGCGCCAAUUACCUCGUAUCUGUCAAAGGAACUACCUCGUAUAAGUCGAAGUGUUGUUGUGGUGAGGUCACAGCUGAGAUACCCUAUCAUAUCCCCUGAUGAUCAUUGGGGUGUUUGGUCCACUAUCUUCAGCAUUGGAGCCUUUGGUCUAUGGUCGGAGAAGACUAAAAUUGGGAGCAUGGUGAGUGCUGCUUUAGUGAGCACAUUAGUUGGACUUGCAGCAAGUAAUCUUGGAAUUCUUCCACAUGAUGCACCGGCUUAUUCUAUUGUCAUGGAGUUUAUUCUACCACUCACUAUUCCAUUGCUUUUGUUUGGAGCAAAUUUGCGUCAAGUUGUGCGUUCAACCGGGACACUUCUCGUAGCUUUCUUACUUGGCUCAGUUGCCACUGUCAUUGGCACUCUAGUGGCGUUUCUUUUAGUGCCUAUGAGAUCUCUUGGUCCUGACAACUGGAAAAUAGCUGCAGCUCUAAUGGGAAGCUACAUUGGUGGAUCUGUUAAUUACGUUGCGGUUUCAGAGGCUCUUGGUUUGUCUCCUUCAGUUUUAGCUGCAGGAGUGGCAGCAGAUAAUGUCAUUUGUGCUGUUUAUUUUAUGGUCUUGUUUGCACUGGCUUCUAAAAUACCUGCAGAAACGGCACCACCAACCGAUGAUAAUGCAAUGCAAUUGAAGUCGGAAAAUCAGGGCAACAUGCCAGUGUUGCAGACAGCUACUGCAGUUGCUGCAUCAUUUUUAAUAUGUAGAGCUGCAACAUACAUGACAAAACUAUAUGGUAUCCAAGGAGGAACUCUUCCAGGAGUAACUGCAAUCAUUGUCAUUUUAGCUACUUUUCUACCAAAGUUCAUUAGUCCUCUUGUACCUGUGGGACAUACUGUUGCCUUAGUUCUGAUGCAGGUAUUUUUUGUGGUGGUUGGAGCUAGUGGAAGUAUACUGAAUGUGAUCAAAACUGCUCCAAGUAUAUUCAUGUUUGCACUAGUUCAAGUAACUAUCCAUCUUCUUAUUGUUCUUGGAUUAGGGAAGGUGUUUAAGCUUGAUUUGAAGGUAUUACUUAUAGCAUCAAAUGCCAAUAUUGGAGGACCUACAACAGCUUGUGGAAUGGCUAAGGCUAAAGGUUGGGAAUCCUUAGUUGUUGCUGGAAUUCUUACAGGAAUUUUUGGUGUUUCAAUUGCAACUUUUUUAGGUAUUGGUUUUGGAGUAAUGGUUCUAAAACACUUGUAGAAAUUGUUAUUUUUAAUGUUUGAUUCAUUCUUACAAUUAAUUGAAUGUUAUGUUGGUAACACGCUUUGAAGCUCGAUUGUUUAAAAUUUUUGAAACAAUAUUUUUCAUAUUUUAGUUAUAUUUGUAUAAAUGAAAGAGUUAGA